UAUUUUUGUUCGAUUAUUAUAUUUAUUUUCAUUCAUAGAAAAACGGUGAAGAGUAAAGGAGCCCAGACAUUGUCCGUUUCUCUACGCCAUGACCAGCUCUUCCGCUCCUUCACGCAAGGCGUUAAGCAAGAUCGCGUGCAACAGGUUGCAGAAAGAGCUUACGGAGUGGCAAGUAAAUCCCCCCACUGGAUUUAGGCACAAAGUUAACGAUAACCUUCAAAAAUGGACAAUCGAUGUGACCGGAGCUCCGGGGACGCUCUACGAGAACGAGACUUAUCAGCUUCAGGUUGAAUUUCCCGUUAAUUACCCUAUGGAAGCGCCGCAGGUAGUUUUUUUUCCUCCGGGACCGUUACAUCCACAUAUUUACAGCAAUGGGCAUAUUUGUUUAGAUAUUCUAUAUGACUCGUGGUCACCAGCAAUGACUGUGAGUUCAGUCUGCAUCAGCAUUCUCUCCAUGCUAUCAAGUUCGCCUGCAAAGGAGCGCCCAGCAGAUAAUGAUCGUUAUGUGAAGAACUGUAAAAAUGGGAGAUCUCCUAAGGAGACGAGGUGGUGGUUUCAUGACGAUAAGGUUUAAUGCAACGACCAGUGUCUAAAGACGCCCUUUAUUUGUAAUAUGAUUAUGACAUUUGAGAAUGUCGACACAUCCUACAUUUUAACUUGUUAUCACUUUUAUCCUAUGAGAAUGUCGAAGUUUUACAGUUCCCUGUAGCUUUUUUUUUUUUUUUUUUU